GCACAGCAUGUUCCUUAUGGAAAUUCAGCAAGGAAUGAGUGUCCUUGAAUUAGUGUUUCUGUAGUCAGCUAUCAACGUGCUCAAUAUGCGCAAGCCCCGGGCUCGGCCUCGCCGUCAUCGGGACAAUCUCAAAUGUAGUACACUACGAUCUCAUGUUCUUCAUUCCGUAUCUGUCGCCAAGCGUUCCACUAUCUCUGUUUGCGUGUGCCUCCUGUGGGAAUAUUGGAGCGCAUUACUCCUCCAUUUGCCGAUAUCGGCAAUUCUAUUCGAACAUAUCUAAGAAGGUGUGUAGCCCUGGGGCGAGAUUGGGGUACGCUUCCCCUUUUCUUGCGGGUUUAUUGCUGAAAGGGCGUCAACCCCACGGUACCGUCCGUAUUCUGAAUGUUUUUUCACGUUGAGUGAGGGGGAAUGAAAACAGUAAAUGUGCUCGGGAUCUGACUUGCCUCCCAGCCCUACUGUACGUACAGUACAACUGUCAGUGUAACACCAUCCACAGCAUGCAUUCUGUCAGUUUCCAUCGUGAUCUGCCUCUCUAGCCGAAGGCGUAUGCUGGGAUAAAACAUGGUUCCUUAAGUGUUUUCUUCAUGUUGAGUGGGCGAAGCCAUGGGUUACUAUUUUGCGAUCAUAACUGUGUUUGUGGGACUCUUCUGCGCCGGAGCAGCGGAGCUGGAAUUUUCGUUUUCUCACACGCCUGCUUGUCAUAUUCCUUCACCAGAAGACUUUGAAGCAGGAUGCGGCCCAGGAAACUCAUGCGUCAAGCCGUGUUAUAACCAGUUUUUGCCGACCCAGAGGCCUACAUUUUACUUCCAGGGGCUGCCGGCAGAAGAAGAUGUCUGGAUAGAGGUCUUGUCGUUGCUGCACCCACCUACACUGUGUAACGGAGAGCUGUUGGAAGUGUUUCAUCCAGAAAAACGGCGUUUUGGCUCGUUUUCUAUCACUCCAAUCACAAACGAAGGUAUGUACAUUGUGGCAGUCUUUCAGGGAAGACGUGCGGAGAGCGGAGUACUAAGUAUCCAGAAGUUCUGUAUCACUAAGUUUUGAAUAGUAGAUGACUAUCGAUUCAGCGUGCUCCCCCGCGAACAUCACUCCUACACGCAUGUCGUGUCAACAUAUGUGUGGCUUUGUCUAGCAUAACUCCAGCAAAGUAAUUUUUGAAUGCUUUUACACCUUCACAUACGUUGUACAAGUCCAUCUACACCUCCCCUCUACUCUGAAUCGGCGGGUGGACAGUGACCUGUUAACUAUAUUUCAUCAACUAUCUCACUAAAGUCAGCACCUCAAUACAGUAUUUCGCGCA